ACUGGAGUGACUGGACGAUACCCAACCGCGCCGUUUAGUCCGUGAACGCGGACCGCACGGAACGUAUGAGAUGGACAGAUGCGAUAGACUAGAGGAACGCACACACGAGGCGGAUGCAUUAAACCGCAUUCCCAACGGACACCGGUCUAAUCAGAGUUAGGCCCGAAGGUGCUGCUGCUGUGCAUAUCUCUAGAAGAUGUAGACUCGGACAAGGCAUAUCCCAUGUUCAUCAUCGGGCCCCGUGCCUUCCUUUCUUCUUUAGCCGAGGGUCUUCACAUACCGAAGAAGGAUUUGCGACCUCUGCAUCUAGCGGAACGACGCGCCUCUGCCUUUUAUGCAUUUCGAUUGGAUUGGGCUUUCACUGCUCGCAAUUUCGUUACGUACGUAGGGCACUUCACGAAGGGAGACACUGCGCCCCGGUAUACCUUUUUCUCCUUUUCCAUAACGACCAAACGGCCCAACACUGCGAUAAUGCCCUCCAUCGACCCCCAGUCGGUCUACGACAUGCUCAAGAACACCAGAUCAUCACCCGCCGUCGAACCAGAGUUCCUACGGGACGGCGCGUCAGAGACUACCGGAAAGCACCAACAGCAGUCGCAGCCGUUCCAUCGACCAUUCCCUUAUGCGACGACACCGGACCUUGUUGAUCAGCUGACAGUGGGAGGCGCUGUGUCGACGGCGGCCGGGGUGUACCAGGGGACGGUGGGCAAUAGGAUGCCGGCGAUAGCUGUGGCUGGAGCUGGGGUGGGAAUGACGCCGCGGCAGUUGAAGACGAAGUAUCAGUUGAUGAGGCGGAGAACCGAGGAGGGACAAGGUCGGACACCUUCACCACCGUCAACGCCAUUCUCCGGAGGUGGAUCGGCAGGACCGAGCAGAUUUUAUACGCCCUUCACGCCUUCUGUUGCCAGAACAUUGCAUUUCAAAGCACCGUCGGAGGUUGUCUCAUCCCGUUACGACGACCGUGUCAUUGUGCAGGAGGACCACUCUGUGAAGAUUCCCAACUUUUGACCAGUUUUCUUCCAAUGUAAAUCGCUCUGUUGUGUCUACGACAUCGCAUGAAGAAUGCCAACUGUACAUUAAAAAAAGGCUGCCAUUCGAUAUGGAAC